GAUCGUUGUUGUUCGUUGCUUCCAUCAACUUCUCGACAGUCGUUCGCCAGUGCGUUUAACUACUGUUAUGGGUUUAUUCCGUUUCACGAGGCGUUCAGAGUUUGAUUAAAACACAAAAAAUCGAUUUAUUCUAACCUUAAAUAAUGGAAAUCUUUAACGUAGAGAGCCGCGAGGCGGCUCUCCCUCUCUCUGCACUGCGUCUGGUUGUGCCUCCUCUUCGGCUGAUGUCAGCGUUUCUAUGGCAGAUGGUUCAGCGUCGUAAUGUAAUACAGUACGGGAAGCUGGAGCAAUUUGUGGUGCUGGUGACCGAGACCGUGCCAGACAUCAUGAGUCAAAGUCUGGUUAAUAAACUGAUCUUUCACCUGCGGAAAAAGGUGAUAUUGGAGCUUUGUCUAAGAGAUAAAAUGCCAGAUCUUUGGGUCAUUCAAGCACAUCUGGAUUCUCUGCGAAAUCUCACACAUAAAUGUAAAGAUGUGGAAAGUGAGAUCAUCAAUAACAAAUUUAUCAGAAUGGUGCACAACAUUUUAGAGGAUGCAGAAAAGAAAGAUAAUUUCAUCCAGCAUGUCUUCCCUGUAGAAUAUGGAUCUGGAUAUGAUGCAGUAUUACAGAGCCUUGCAUGGGAUUUCCUGUCUCGAGUAGAAGAUCUGCUGCCAGUGCCCAACCUCAAAGAGACAGCAUCCUGGCUUUGCGGCGGUCUUUCGAUGAUGGAGGAGAUUGUGCAGCCACUCUCAGAUCCAGCUGAGAUCAAGGAUGUUCUGCAGCAUUUCAAAACCAAAAGACUGCACACAAGAAACAAUGAGCAAUCUCAAAGAGUUAUCAGUGAAAUGUCCAUUCCAUCUACAUCUGAAGUAGUUUGUUUGCCUCAUCCAGUCUCGCCUGACAUUACCAUUGAACAUGAGGAAACUUUGCCUCCCACCUCCAUAGCACAAGAGACAAUUAUCAUUGAAUCAGAAGGCACAGAGAACAAUCAGAAUCUGAUCAAGCGGCCAUCGCCAUAG